GAGAGAGAGAUCAGUCUUCUCUGCUUUCUUGGAGGGCGACACGAAGCACCCUAUCGAAGUCCAUAUUUUUGGAGCGUUCGAUCAAACCAAGCGAAAGAUCUGUGGCCACGAACUGCUCCCAGCUCCCGAAGGCCACUGCGUGGUGCCAAUCUCGGUCCCGUGGUGCUUGGUCGUGGAGAUCUCGGGUGCAUGGUGUUCCAGGUGGAACCCCCGCGGCUCGGGAGCUCGGGCUAGCCUUUGCGGAGCUCUUUGUUCAGGUUCGUGGUCGACGCCGAGGUAGGGUUUGGAGGUCGUGGUUCUCCCCGGAAAGGCGGCUACUUUCGGUGGUUGGUUUGGAGGGAGCUGCGAAGGGGAGAUCCGGCGGUUCUUCCUGCUGCCGUUUGGUUUUUUUUUAUUAUCACAAUGCGUGGGAUGGUUGGAGUUGUCGUGAUUUCAGCUGUUAUUUGAGGUCAUUGAAGCUUGGGAUUGAGUGAGGUAAAAAGACUUCAUCUUUUUAUGGGGUUUCAGCUCGGUAGGUUUGGUUGAGGUAGAUGGUGUGUUGGUUCUUUCUUUCUUUCUCCCCUUUGAAGUUAGCUUUUUGGGUUUAAGUUUGAGCAUCAGGCGAAGGAAUAUGUAGUGGUUGAGGUGAAGGGUUACAGUCGGUGUCUUCGUGACAAAUUGAAUAAGCUUGGGAAACUGGAAUCUCUCGGAUCUGCGAUUCUGGUGCUAAGUCCAAUAUUUUCUUUUGAUGUCAAAAUUUGCUAUCUGUAAACCUAGCAAAUGCAGAUCGAAGCUUAGUAAUUGAAAGUGGCCGUUUCUUGCAUAGAUUGAAGUCUACAAGGUUUACGAGCAGAGGAGUAAAACGUUGGAGCAGGCUUCCUUGUGGAAACAGGCAAGGUAAAACUAAGAUCCGAGUUUUGUUGCAUGAAGUGCCUGUGCUCAAAGAUUUCAGUUUGCUGACAAAAAGGAGCAACUUUGAUUGUAAGUAAAUAGUGGAGCAUGCAAUCUAGUGGAAAAAGGCAAGAAAGGAGCAGCCUUGAUAGUAAGAGUGUGUGCUUCCUCCUGCAAUAAGCUUCGUCUCAACUACCAAAGAUGAGGCUCACAUCUUCAAAUAUCCCCAAUCAGUCAGAAGAAGAAGAAACACGGUGUUUGAACUCUGAGUUAUGGCACACAUGUGCGGGACCUCUAGUUUCAUUACCAGCUGUUGGAAGUCGGGUGGUAUAUUUCCCACAGGGUCACAGCGAGCAGGUAGCUGCAUCAACCAACAAAGAAAUUAACUCUCAAAUCCCCAAUUACCCAAGCUUACCUCCCCAGCUGAUCUGUCAGCUGCAUAAUGUUACUAUGCAUGCAGAUGUGGAGACUGAUGAAGUUUAUGCUCAGAUGACAUUGCAACCACUGAGCCCACAAGAGCAAAAAGAUCCCUAUCUCCCUAAUGAUUUGGGUACCUCCAACAAACAACCAACAAAUUUCUUCUGUAAGACGUUGACUGCAAGUGACACCAGUACUCAUGGUGGAUUCUCUGUUCCCCGUCGAGCAGCAGAAAAAGUUUUUCCUCCUUUGGACUAUUCACAGCAGCCUCCUGUUCAGGAGUUAGUUGCAAGAGACCUUCAUGACAAUGAAUGGAAGUUUCGUCACGUUUUUCGUGGUCAGCCGAAGAGGCAUCUUCUGACUACAGGAUGGAGUACUUUUGUGAGUGCAAAGAGACUUGUUGCAGGGGAUUCUGUUCUUUUUAUCUGGAAUGAAAACAAUCAGUUGCUUUUGGGUAUUCGGCAUGCCAAUCGACCUCAAACAUUUAUGCCUUCAUCUGUACUGUCUAGUGAUAGCAUGCACAUUGGCCUUCUUGCUGCAGCUGCUCAUGCUGCAGCUACAAAUAGCCGAUUCACCAUUUUCUAUAACCCAAGGGCAAGUCCUUCUGAAUUUGUGAUUCCACUAGCUAAGUAUGUCAAGGCAGUCUAUCACACCCGGGUUUCUGUGGGUAUGCGUUUCCGGAUGCUGUUUGAAACUGAAGAGUCAAGUGUUCGACGAUACAUGGGCACAAUUACAGGGAUUAGCGAUCUUGACCCUGCCCGAUGGCCAAACUCACACUGGCGUGCCCUAAAGGUUGGCUGGGAUGAGUCAACAGCUGGAGAGAAGCAGCCUAGGGUAUCACUUUGGGAGAUUGAACCUCUAACAACCUUUCCAAUGUAUCCAUCUUCCUUUCCUGUUCGUCUUAAGCGCCCAUGGCCCACUGGAUUGCCCUUCUUUCAUGGUGGAAAUGAUGAUAUCGAUCUCAAUUUACCUCUGAUGCGGCUUAGAGAUGGUGGAAACCCAGCAAUUCAGUCAUUAAAUUUCCAGGGUGUUGGUGUUACACCUUGGAUGCAGCCAAGACUUGAUGCUUUAAUGCUUGGUCUACAACCUGACAUGUGCCAGGCAAUGACUACAGGAGCGCUUCGGGAAAUGAGGACCAUAGAUCCUACAAAGCAGGUCUCUCCUGCAAUGCUUCAAUUCCAGCAACCACAGAACUCAGCUAAUAUAUCCACUCCCACACUACCAAGUCCAAUUCUACAGCAUGUGCAAACCUUCCUUCAAGCCACACAAGAUAAUCAGGUCCAAAGCCAGAAUCAGUCUCAAUUUCUUCAUCAUCAUUUGCAACAGGGCCAUUCCUUUGCUCAACAAGGGCAACAGCAAGUUCCACAGCAGCAGCAGCAGAAUCUGCAUCUGCUGACACCACAUUGUCAACAAAUUCAGCAGCAGAAGAUAUUGUGUGGUUAUCAAGAAGUACCUUAUGUUGCUUCAAAUCUUUUACAGCUUAGCUCUAGUUCUCAAUCCCAAUCAACCACAUUGCACAUGAUUUCCCCAUCUUGCCAGCUGAAGGACUUCCCAGAUUCUAAUGGUAACUCUGUUUCAGCAUCCAAUGCCUCUCCUCUGCAUGGUAUUUUCCAGCAAAAUUCUUCUGAAGAAACAUCACAACUUAGUUUGCCAAAAUAUGGUCAACCAGUUACUUCCAGUCCCUGGUCAUCCAAGCGAGCUGCAGUUGAGUCAGGGCUCCCUUUGGGGGCUCAAAGCGUGCUCUCGCAUGUAGAACAAUUGGGUGCAACACAACCUAAUAUUUCCCUGCAUUCUGUUAUGUUACCACCAUUUCCUGGAAAAGAAUGCUCAGCAAGUCGAGAUGGUAACAUGGAUAUGCAAAACCAGCACUUGUUUGGUGUCAAUGUCGACUUAUCAAUUCUAGCGCAGAAUGGCAUUCCAAGCCUCAACACUGGUGUCAGUGAGAUUUGUUCGACAAAUUUGUCGUAUGCCACAUGCAAUUUACUGAGCUCCUCUGGAAAUGAUUUCCCUAUCAAUCGAGCAUUGAGUGGUUGCAAUGGUUUGGAUGAAUCAAGAUUUUUGAGGUCCCAUGAGAAUGUUGAUCAAGCAAAUCCGCAGAGUGGAUUGUUUGUUAAGGUAUAUAAAUCAGGUUCAUUUGGGAGGACACUGGACAUCACCAAGUUUAGCAGCUACCAUGAUUUACGCAGUGAGCUUGGGUGUCUUUUUGGCCUGGAAGGCCAAUUGGAGGACCCUUUGAGAUCAGGCUGGCAGCUUGUUUUUGUCGACUGGGAGAAUGAUGUCCUUCUUGUUGGCGAUGAUCCUUGGCAGGAGUUUGUAAACAGUGUGUCAUACAUAAAGAUACUUUCGCCCGAAGAAGUGCAGCAGAUGGGCAAACAGGGAAUAGAUUUUGUGAAUUCAGCCCCCGUCAAGAGGCUUCAAAGAAAUGGAUGUGAUGAUCAUGUUAGUCAGCAGGAUUCAACAAAUCUUAGCGCCAGGAUCACAUCCGUGGGGUCAUUCAAAUACUGAAGAGGCAACCUUCUCUGUUCCCAGCCCUACAUUUUGCUGCACUUGAGAGUUGGAAUUAAGCACCAAGUAUGACUACCUGAUCUGGUCUAUAUGGCUAAUAACUGUAUCAUAUUGUAUGUUCUCAUAACCUUGAUGCAUUUGCCAACACUUUUCUUCAGAAGACUGGUUAUUAUUAAUGUAGGCUGUUUCAUUCUUCUACUUACUGAUAUAUCAGAGUGUGUGACAAAAGCAGUACCUCCUUUUUGAGUCCA